AAGCACCAAGAGCUGAAAUAUAAAUCGACCUGGACAAACGUUCCUCAGCACAAACGCCGGUUCCGUUCCGAGUAAAGCCGUCCUUUCUGCAGCGCGUCAUGGCUAACGUGGACGUACAGAGCAUGUGGGAGCGACACGCCGCACGGAGGACGUUUCCUCUUCUCUCCCGCACUAAAGUCUGCCGCAAUCUCUUCGGACCCGUGGAUCAUGAAGAGCUGAGCUGCGAGAUGAAGCGAAGACUGCAGGAAAUCUCGGAACGGGACCAGAGCCGCUGGAACUUUAACUUCGAGGAGAAUGUGCCGUUGCCUGGACAUUACGAGUGGGAGGAAAUAGCAGUGAGCGCAGUGCCAUCUUUCUAUAAGGAGUCGGUGCGUAACGGGAGAGCGCGCGCUGCUAACGCUGAGGCCAGCACGGAGGGUGGAUGUGGAUGUAAAAAUGAAGCCCAGAGAUCCUCAGAAGCUCCGAGUCCAUCUGCAGAGGUGAACCAGGAAAACCGCUCCGGAGCGCUGAACGCCAGGCACCAUGUCACUCCUGUGUGCCGGAGAAGAAAGAGGACCUCUGUGCCAGACGCUCCAACAAAUAACACUACGCACAUUACAGACUUCUUCCCCAGGAGGAAACGGAGCUGUGACUCUAAGCCGGCAGAGCGCACAUCCCAGUCCUCCUCCUCCACCUCCACCUCCAUCCCUGCUGAAGUUACUCCACGCAAAAGAAUCAGAUGAUGGUUUGCACUGAGAAAUACAGAAGUCCUGUGUUUUAUCUGCUGAGCGGAUGAAGGACACAUCGAGGACGAACUGAAACUUUUUUUUAUUUUUUUAUUUUUUAAAAUUAAUUUCUUUCUCUCUGAUCAAUGUAGCAAUACUGGCUCUACCAGAACAGACUUGGUUGCAGUGUUAAAACGUCUGAACUGUGCAAUUAUUUUAUUAUCAUGAUUAUUAUUAUUACUGUUAUUUUUAAUGUUAUUAUUAUUUCCCCUUGUUUGAUUUUUAACUUUAUUUUGUAGGCCACAUUGUUUCCUAUAGUAUUUAGCAUCUGAAUUUUUGUGUACUGGUGGAAGAAUAUACUACUAACUUAUGUUUUAUUUAUGAUCCAUGAUAGUGUCACGCUUUUAUUUACAGCUAUUGUUUAUUUACUGCAAUAUUUUUAUGUUUUAUUUAAGUUUGUUGGAUGACGUCACGAUGCAAAUAAUGUUUCUGAGCCUCUUCUUUAAUAUAUAUGUAUAUACUAGCUUUGUAUUGAGGAAUUGAAUGGAAAAAAAAAAUAAAUUCUAUUUUUGUUUA